AUGGAAUUUUGGCAUGGACUGGUUGAUAGUGGUCACGCAUUUUUGUGGGUAAUAAGACCAGGUGCUAUAUUAGAUGCGGAAGUGAUUCCAAAGGAGCUUGAAAAGGGUCAACAAGAAAGAGGUUAUGUGGUGGAUUGGGCCCCGCAAGAAGAGGUUUCGGCUCACAAGGCUUUAGGUGGAUUUUUGAACCCAAGUGGCUGGAACUCAAUUUUGGAAAGUAUUGUGGCUGGAGUUCCAAUGAUUUGCUGGCCUUAUUCGGUCGACCAUUUUAUUAAUUGUCGAUGUGUUACUAAAGUUUGGAAAAUUGGACUUGAGCUUGGAGAUUGGGAUAGGUUGACCAUAAAGUCAACUAUAAAAGAACUAAUGGAAAGUAGAAGGCAGGAAUUUCAGGAAUCAGUUGACAAAGCAGCACAAUGGGCUAAGAAUUGCAUUAGCAAAGGUGGAUCUUCCAGCCUCAACUUAGAAAAGCUUAUUAAAGACAUCAAGGAAAUCAAAGUUUAA